GUGGAGCGCAGGCGAGUUGGCGUUUGGGCCCGGUGUGUGUGUCGCGGGGAGAGAGCGAACACUAAAGCCCAACAUCUCCCCCACCUCACACACACUCGCUGCUGUCCGCUAUGGGCUAGGGUCAAAGGAGUAAAACAAAUCCGCUGACCGGCAGCUCGGGCCCAUCCGCCUGCCAUGAACAUCGACGUGGAGUUUCAUAUACGCCAGAACUACCCGUGGUCUAAGCUCCCGGGGAAUGUCAGGCAGAGUCUGGGGAACUCUCCACGCGAGUAUGAGAAACAAGUUCUGCUUUACAGCAUCCGCAAUCAGUUGCGGUACAGAAACAAUUUGGUGAGAUAUAUCAAGAAAGAUGAACGCAAGUACUAUGAAGAGCUGUUUAAAUAUAGCAGAGAACAUCUCAUGCUGUAUCCGUAUCAUUUAUCUGACAUUAUGGUGAAGGGACUACGGGUUACACCUUUUUCCUAUUAUAUAGGAAUUAUGGAGGAUAUCAUGAACAGUGAAAAAAGUUAUGAUUCGUUACCAAACUUCACAGCUGCUGAUUGUCUAAGGCUCCUGGGCAUUGGAAGGAACCAGUACAUUGACCUCAUGAACCAGUGUCGAUCAUCAAAAAAAUUCUUUCGGCGGAAAACAGCUCGUGACCUGUUACCAGUGAAACCUGUGGAGAUUAGUAUUGAGCCAUGGUGGGUGGUGCAGGCUGGUUUUAUCACAGAGGAUGAUAUCAAGAUUUGUUCAGGACCUGAGAAGAGUGCUAUUGAUAAAAUCAUUGAUUCGGGACCUCAGCUGGCUGGAAUUUUGGAACACAAUGUGGUUCUCAGUUUGUAUAACAAAGGCUUUAUUUAUCUUGAUGUACCAAUAUCAGAUGACAGCUGCAUAGCAGUUCCCCCUUUAGAGGGCUUUGUGAUGAACCGGGUCCAAGGUGAUUACUUUGAAACGCUUCUCUACAAGAUUUUUGUUUCUAUCGAUGAGCAAACCAAUGUUGCAGAGCUAGCAAACGUGCUGGAAAUAGAUUUGUCUCUUGUGAAGAAUGCAGUAUCAAUGUAUUGUCGACUAGGUUUUGCACAUAGAAAAGGACAAGUGAUAAAUGCAGAGCAGCUUCACCCAACCUGGAGGAAUGUUCCAUCGGUCAACAGAUUAAAGAAAACCUGGUGUGCAAUGGAUCCACAAAAGAUGCUGCUGUCAUGGGAGGGGACUGAAAAUCGAAGUCCUGUGCAUGAUGUAUCAUCAACAGAUGUGGAUGCAGCCAGUCAAGAUGAUGCAGCGGACUCUGCCAGUGUGAACAGUCUGAGCAUGCCCAGUGGACACACUAAGCGAAUUGCCUUCCUGUUCGAUUCGACCCUUACAGCAUUCCUUAUGAUGGGAAAUCUUUCACCGAACCUCAAGAGCCAUGCUGUGACAAUGUUUGAAGUUGGAAAACUAUCAGAUGAGUCAUUGGACAGCUUCCUUACGGAACUUGAAAAGGUUCAAAAUACUGGUGAGGGGGAGGCCCAGAGAUAUUUUGAUCAUGCACUAACUUUGAGAAACACGAUACUCUUCCUGCGUCACAAUAAGGAGCUGGUUACAGAUGAAGAGCAACCAAACAAUGGAUUUCCAUUAGAUCUGUUACGUUGUGAAAGCUUAUUAGGAUUGGAUCCUGCAACAUGCAGCAGAGUCCUGAACAAAAAUUAUACACUGUUAGUCUCAAUGGCGCCGCUCAGCAAUGAAAUCCGGCCAGUAAGCAGCUGUACACCACAGCACAUAGGACCAGCUAUCCCAGAGGUUAGUUCAAUCUGGUUUAAACUAUACAUCUAUCAUAUUACUGGACAAGGACCCCCAUCAUUGCUACUUUCAAAAGGAUCAAGGCUCAGAAAACUUCCAGAUAUUUUUCAGGGCUAUGACCGAUUGCUUAUAACCUCUUGGGGACAUGAUCCUGGGGUUGUUCCUACUUCAAAUGUGCUCAGCAUGUUGAAUGAUGCACUGACCCAUUCUGCUGUAUUAAUACAGGGUUAUGGCAUUCAUGGUGAUGGCGAAACAACUUAUGUUCCGUUCCCUUUUGAUGAAGCAGAAAUGAAAGAAGAAUUCUCCCGGAGUAACAUGUGUGCUCAUCGAGCUUUGAAAGUGUUGAGGGCAAAAAUGGAUCUGGACCAUUUCUGUGGCUUUGUGACUAUGUUGAAUCCUUGUGUGCAGUGCAUCAGUGGCAGGCAUCCCAUUGAAGAACUAGAGGAGAAAGAAGAAUUUGAUUCUCCACCUGGAUCUGAUGCUCAAGGCAGCACGGAAUCAUUUGAGUUGGUAACUGAUGAGCCCAUGGCUGAUGCUGUGCCUAAAAGAAUUUCUGAAGUCUCCGCAGUGGAACAGGACUGGAUUCCUUUGGAGCUGUGCUUUGGGAUCCCACUCUUCAUCUCAGAACUAAAUAGGAGUGUCUGUCAGAAAAUUGCCACCCAUCAGUUAUGUGGGAAGGAAAGCCUUCAAAAACUUUUGCAUUCCAGUAGGAAAUUAUCUCUGCAAGUCCUCAGCUUUGUACAGUCAUUCCAGGAAACUGGUGACUCAGAUAAUAGUAUUACAUCUUUAUUCACUCAAUCAUCAUCCAUUGAUGUCGGAGUUCCACUUCCAGCUAAGAAUCUGAUCUUCAAAGAUGGCGUUUUAUCUGAGUGGGUUGGAAAGUCUCCAUCAUCUCUACAUAUUGCUAGAUUGCAGAAGGACCAAACUAAAUAAACAUAAUUUUGAUCUUCUAACACUGCUCAUCACAAGCAGGACUCACAAUAACAUAUGUCUGUUUACACUGAUCAUUUUACUUUUUCUCUCUCUCUCUUUCUUUCUUUUUCUUUCUCUCUCUCUUUUUUUCUUCCCCCUCUCCCCUCUCCACUAAGUUUCCUGUCUUUUUCUCCUUGCUUUUAGCUUUUCUUUCGCCUUCCUCUCACUCUUUCUUUCCCUGACACUCCAUUCCUAAAGGACAGCCAGAUUUUACAUGCUGAUCCAAAUUGAUAUGGUUAUAUAGCACCUUAAUAAUGUUUUAAUUCAAAAAGUAGACUCAUGUGAUUUAAAUUUCUUGUGAAAACUGCUGAAUAAGAUAACCUCUUGAAUAACUUUAAAUAAACUGGAUGCUUGUUUUGGUUUGUAGAAUUAUAUGGUAACUUCCCCAUGAAAUACGACUUCUUUGUUUUAAACAAGGUUGGCAGACCCACUGCACCAUGUUAAAUCAAUGAAAUGAGAAAGUGAGCUUUAAUAUCUACUUUAGCCCUGUGGAAUGGUGGUCAUCAUCUUGCUGCCACUGUUUGUGUCCAUUUGCUACUUUGCCUUUCGCCCAAAGAUUUAGUAACCCAUUUAGAAAUUGGUGACCAGUUAGUUGGUCACCAGUGCGAGCCAUUAUCAGGAUCUAAUCCCAUUAAACAUAAGUGAGGAUUUUUAGUUAUUUAAGCUACUGAAUGACAGGUAUUUAGGCACAAAAAUGUAUACUAGCGUCCCUCAAAUCCUAGAUUGAAAUUAAAACAAGUCCAUUAACUAAGUUUUAAAAAAUUGCAUGUCACUUAAGGAUUAGUGUUGAACUGCAUUUUGAGCUCCAAUUGUGUGAAUGUUUUGCAUAAGCACAGUUUGAGAACAAAAUUGAUGUGGUACUGAAUAUCAGUAUAUUAUCACAUUCACUGGUGUAUUAUAUGCUACAAAUCUAUCACAUGCAAGCUUACAAAUCCAGUUGAAUGACGAAAGAUUUUUUUUAAUGCAGGUUUCAUUGAAAACACAUUUAUUUUACCUAAGCUGGUAUGAGAAUCUAUCUACACCACACCAUUAAGCUUUAAUAAUUGCUACAUCUGCCAUGAUCUUGUGAUUUCUGAAAGAUAACAGACUAUAUUUCAGUAUCAAGUAUGUUUGUUCGAUAUAACAAUUUAACUGUAUUUCGGUCUGUGUAAAACUGGAGAUAUCUGGAAGAAGGUCCAAUUAAGUAAAGUGUACCUUUUUAUGGUAGAAAUUUUGUCUAAUGCAAGGGUCUAUUUUUGCAGAACAGUAAGUGGUUUUUAAACUAUUGAUCUGUUGUAACUUUGGCUUCAAUAAUAGUUGCAGUGAUUAUUUUGUACAUUUUUUUUCAGAAUUCCCCACUGCUGAAGUUGAUUGGGGAGGGAGGGUGAUUCUGGGCUAAACAGUUAAAACAGUUUAAGUUUUAUUCAUUUUUUCUAAAAUUGGGAAAUGGUUUGGGGUAAUGAAGUGACUAAUAAAGGUUUUCUUGCAACCUACAAACCAUAUACAAAUGACAGGUCUUUUUUUCUUUGUAAAUCCAUUGCAAAACUGCUUACUCUGUAAUUUGAGUUGCUGCUUGAAGUCAAUUUCAUUUAUACAAAAGUAUUUAAGGUACCUGAAAUGUGCAAUUGGAAGAUUCAUUAUCCAAGUGUCCUUGACUCGUUCACUCUAUAUUACCCUCAUCAUCUCAAUUACAAAGAUCUGUAUCCUAGAUUGUACAUUGUUGUCACCAGGGUACCUUGGUGGUCUGUUUUGGGAGCAGUGAUGCUGUACAGAUAAUACUGAAAGAUAGUGAAUCAGUUAAGUCACUAUGUACUCUCUACUUGUUGUCUUUUGUAAUUCAAAUGCUAUUGAAAUUUCAGAAGUAUUUCUUGUCUCAGUUUCAUUCUGUGAUGCCCUUCGGCCUCAAAGUGCAAUAGGUGCGCGAGUUAUUCUCUUUGCAAAAAGAUAUAUGAAGUGUAAGAUUAGUAACCAUGAAUAUUAAUAUAGGCAUCGGGUGUGUAUAUUCACUGUCUUUAAUGGACCAUAAUGUCAGGCAGUGACCAUUUAUCUGUUUCUUACACUGCACAGUCCAACUGAUUUCCAUCUUGAUUUGCAAAAGAAAAGUUGUUACUUCAUUGAGUGAGAUGUGACCUUUUUAAAAUUGCAUUUUUUUGGAAUGGUGAGACUGUUGAUUCAUGUUAAAGGAUCUUUGGACAUUUUUGUUAUACAUAUUAUCUUGGAAGAAUAUAGCCAAUAAAUGUUGACAAGAUU